AUGAGAGAAGUACUGAACAAUGGAAUAGAUGAGCUUAAUGCCUUUGUGUCUGGUGAGAAAUUCAGUAUAAGUAAAGCUUAUAGGACAAUGCAACCUACCUGGCCUAAAGUUCCAUGGAAGCAAUUGGAGUUGUUGAAAGGACUGGUGCCAAAACAUCAGUUUAUUUUGUGGCUAGCUAUUCAAAGGAGAUUAGCAACAGUUGAUCGACUACAAAAAUGGGGAAUCCAAGUUGCAAAGGAGUGUGUACUAUACGAGACAGAUGCAGUAGAAACUCUAGACCAUCUUUUCUUCAAAUGCUCCCACUCUCAAUUCAUAUGGAAGACUCUACUCUCUUGGAUGGGAAUAAACAGACCAAUUGGCUUUUGGGAAGAUGAGGCAGCAUGGAUGGCCCAGAGAACAAUAAGAAGAAAUCCACUAUACACUGCUCUUGGUAUGACAUUCGCGGCUACAGUUUAUCACACAUGGAUAGAGAGAAACACAAGGAGAUUUCAACAACAAAAGAGACCCAAGGAAGAGGAAGUUAGAUAA